UUCAUUGCUCACUUUCUUUAUCUGUUUCUCACUUCCAUCAGCAUAGAGUGUGGUGGAGGUCAAAAAUCCGUUCACCGCGAAAAGAAUGUGCCGACGAAUUUCAUUGUUAAAGUUUGUUGGAAACGAGCCAAAUAACUCGGUCACCAAACAGUUCCACUCUGAAAUCCUGUUACAUUUAUUCGAGUAUCGAUGUACUUUCAGAUUAAUAAAAGAAAUUACUUCACGUAAUUCUCGUAAAAAAGCCCCGAAGAAAGGUACGACAGGACAUUCUGGCAUCGCCAAUGCACGUGCCAACGCCCGUUCAUAUUCGGAAGACAGGAGGGCUGAUGAGAGGUACUCUAGUACU